AUGGGGUUGAAGAAGCGCUUGCUGGGGUGCUAUGGAUGUGGAGACGAGCCGGAGGCGGCGCCGCGGCCGAGCAGGAACGCCGGCGGCGGGAAGCGGGUGCUGCGGCGGUGGAGCACGGCGAACCUGAGGUCGCUGUCGCUGCAGGACCUGUCGCGGAAGCUGGAGACGACGAGCCUGCACGCCUUCACGCUGGACGAGCUCAAGGCCGCCACCAAGAACUUCUCCACCACCAACUUCCUCGGCGAGGGCGGGUUCGGCCCCGUCUACAAGGGCUUCGUCGACGGGAGGCUCCGGCCGGGGAUCGAGCCGCAGCACGUCGCCGUCAAGUACCUCGACAGCGACGGCGUCCAGGGGCACCGCGAGUGGCUGGCUGAGGUGGUGUACCUCGGGAUGCUGAGCCAUCCUCAUCUGGUGAAGCUACUGGGCUUCUGCAACCAAGACGACAACAGGAUGCUGGUCUACGAGUACAUGCCCAGGGGCAGCCUCGAGAACCACCUCUUCAAGAACCUCCUUGCGUCGUUGCCAUGGUCGACGCGGCUCAAGAUCGCGGUCGGAGCGGCGAAGGGUCUGGCUUUCCUGCACGAGGCAGAGACGCCGGUGAUCUACCGCGACUUCAAGGCUUCGAAUAUUCUUCUCGACUCGGAUUACACUGCAAAGCUCUCUGAUUUUGGCCUGGCGAAGGAGGGGCCGCAGGGGGACGCGACCCACAUCACGACGCGCGUCAUGGGCACGCACGGGUACGCGGCGCCGGAGUACAUCCUGACGGGCCACCUGACGGCGAAGAGCGACGUGUACAGCUUCGGGGUGGUGCUCCUGGAGCUGCUCACGGGCCGUCGCUGCGUCGACAAGCGGCGGCGCGGGCGCGAGCAGAACCUGGUGGACUGGGCGCGCCCUCACCUGCGCCGCGCCAACAACCUGCACCGCAUCAUGGACCCGAGCCUGGAGCUGCAGUACUCGGCGCGCGCCGCGCAGAAGGCGGCCCAGGUCGCGCACCAGUGCCUGCAGAGCGUGCCCAAGUCGCGGCCGCGCAUGCGCGACGUCGUGGACGCGCUCGAGCCGCUGCUCGCGCUCGACGACGACGUGCCCAUGAGCCCGUUCGUGUUCACGGUCGGCGCCGAGGCGGCGCCGGCGCAAGUCGAGGCCGGCGCGGCCGAUGCCAACUAUGACGAGUCGGAGCUGGGCGGCCGGCGGGGCAAGAGGCACGUCAUGUCGCCCGUGCACGCGGAGAGCCCGCUGCGCAGCCGGUACGCGAGCGCGGUGAAAAGACCAGAGAGCCCUCCAACCCUGAGCAGGGUAUGAGUACAUAAAGCAAAGGGAUAACGAUUGGCAAGUGUAGAUAGAUGACAAUUUGUUCCUGAAUUCUUUUGUUAUUCUGUUUCUUGGUGAUGUUAUUCUUUCUCCCAAGAAUUUGAAGGGGAGAAAUUUUAUUUGUUUUUGUUGCGUUAUUAUACUGCCGAGAUUACCUCAACUAGUGAGGUAUUUGUAUGCCGAAAGUUUUAGGCAACACGUAUCGCAAAAGAUGUUAAGUAGGAUCA